AACUCUCAUUUUACUAUACUGAAACUUUCGUGUAUUCAAUAAUAGUUAACAUUCGUAUUAUAUACGACUAGAAGUUUCCUUUUUAACUGUAUCUUUCAGGUGAUUUGUAUCAAAUAAGUACGUUAGAAAUUUUGACCGGAUUUGCACGCCUAUUGGAAUUAUAGGUUAUAUUGUGUUUAUGAAGACUCAUCUUGGCAAUAAGAAUGGAGUCAAGAACCGAAUUUAAAAUAAAGUCACCACCAACCGACGCAAUUUCUGCGGUUGAAUUUGGACCAAACUCCACACAGUUCCUAUUAGUGUCAUCAUGGGACAGUACAGUGAGAUUGUACGACAUACAUGCUAAUACGAUGAGAUUAAAGUAUAAUCACGAUUUACCAGUAUUGGACGUUGCGUUUCAGGAUGCUGUUCAUGCAUAUAGCGGUGGAUUAGGAAAUACUCUCAAAAUGUAUGACAUAAAUAGCAAUACUGAAACAAUAAUGGGCACACAUGAUAAGCCAAUUAGAAAAAUAGAGUAUUGUGCAGCUGUAAAUGCAAUAUUAACUGGUGGUUGGGAUGCCGCGGUAAAACUGUGGGAUCCUCGAUCACCUACCUGCGUUGGUAGUUAUUUGCAACCCGAUGUGGUCCUUGCCUUGUCUGUAUGUGGUGACAAAUUUGUAGUGGGCACAGCAAAACGCAAAGUUUGCAUUUGGGAUUUAAGAAACAUGGCAGGCAUGUUUCAGAGACGAGAAAGUAGUCUAAAAUAUCAAACGCGAUGUAUUAAAGGUUUCCCUAACGAACAGGGAUAUGUAUUAAGCAGCAUAGAAGGUCGAGUCGCCGUCGAGUAUCUUGAUACAAUGCCAGAAGCUCAGAAAAAGAAAUACGCAUUCAAGUGUCACAGAAUAAAGGAAAAUAAUGUUGAACAUAUUUAUCCAGUGAAUGCUAUUAGCUUCCAUUCUGCAUACAACACGUUUGCCACCGGUGGCUCGGAUGGUUACGUGAAUAUUUGGGAUGGUUUUAAUAAGAAACGGCUGUGCCAGUUCCACCGAUACAAUGCUGGCGUGGCCGCGCUUAGUUUUAGCCAUGAUGGUUCCGUUCUUGCGAUAGGCGUUUCAUAUUUAAACGAAGCUGAGAUUCCGCCUGGUGGCAGUGAUGAGCGAGAAAUUUAUAUAAGAUACGUCAAUGAUCAGGAGACCAAGCCAAAGUAAACAGAAAGUUUAUAAGAUGCUAUUACAGUGACAGAAACAUGUGAUUAGAAAAACUCGUGGGUUUCCAUGCAUUAAAAUAGAAGAAUAAACGCGUUCUGUGAAUAAUUGU